GUUCACAAUUGCAAACCGAGCCUAGCGGUGGACUCGUGGGGUUGAUGUAACCGUGUGAUGUUACACCAGGAGCACUGUAUAAUUUUUCCCCAGCGCCCAGCGCCCAGCGCCCUCCCCCCCGCCCCGUUUCCUUCCUCUGUACACCCAACAACUCGACCCCUCUCCGUCAACCACCCACCCCCACCAAUCACAAUGUUCCACCCGCCGAUGCUCGUAAACUGCUCCCACUGCCGUACCCCCCUGCAGCUUCCUCCUGGGGCCAGAUCCAUCCGCUGCGCCCUAUGCCAGGCCGUCACUCACAUCGCCGAUCCACGCGCCGCCCCUCCUCCUCCGCCUUCUCACCCCGAGACGCCUCCGCCGGCCCCGUCUCCUUACAACAACCUCGCUCCGCCUCCUUCGGCCCACGGCGGGAAGAAGGCCGUCAUCUGCGGGAUAUCCUACAAGUACUCCAGACACGAGCUCAAGGGCUGCAUCAACGACGCCAAGUGCAUGAAGUAUCUGCUCAUCAACAAGUUUAAGUUUCCAGAAUCUUCCAUUCUCAUGCUCACAGAGGAAGAAACUGAUCCCUAUAGACUUCCAACCAAACAAAAUAUGCGGAUGGCAUUAUAUUGGCUCGUACAAGGCUGCCAACCAGGUGAUUCCCUUCUGUUCCACUAUUCUGGUCAUGGUUCACGGCAAAGGAACUUUAGCGGUGAUGAAGUUGAUGGUUACGAUGAAACUUUGUGCCCCCUGGACUUUGAAACUCAGGGUAUGAUUGUUGACGAUGAAAUCAAUGCAACAAUUGUUAGGCCUCUUCCUCAUGGUGUUAAGCUUCAUGCAAUUAUAGAUGCUUGCCAUAGUGGCACUGUACUAGACUUGCCAUUCCUUUGCAGAAUGAACAGGAGUGGUCAGUAUGUGUGGGAGGACCAUAGCCCGCGAUCAGGAAUUUGGAAAGGAACGAACGGUGGUGAAGUCAUUUCCUUCAGUGGUUGUGAUGAUGAUCAAACCUCUGCUGAUACAGCUGCUCUAUCUAAAAUCACCUCAACAGGUGCAAUGACUUUCUGUUUCAUACAAGCCAUCGAGCGUGGGCAGGGGACUACAUAUGGGAGCGUAUUAAACUCUAUGCGUUCUGCCAUCCGAAGUGUCGGGAGUGGGGAUGACCUUGGGGGUGGUGUGGUUACAUCCCUUCUCACCAUGCUUAUGACAGGAGGCAGUGCUGGUGGUGGCUUGAGACAGGAGCCUCAGUUAACUGCCUGCCAGCCAUUUGAUGUGUAUGCGAAGCCGUUCUCAUUGUGAUUUCUCUAUACAGGGCAUUGAGUUGAGAUGGGACUCCAUUAUUAUGUUUCUUCAUAUAAAGAAACUUCAUUGGAUUCCAAUCAUGAUUAUUGAUAUAGUAGUUAUGUAUUGAGAGGGAAUUGCUUAGUCAUAAUGAUUGUGAUUAACCAGUUAUGGGAUUGUAAAUACAACUCCUAUAUAUAUAUAUAUAUUUUUGAAUAA